AUGAACCGUAACAGACAUACAUUUGAUUCAUUAUUUGGAUUUCAAGAAUUGUAUAGCAGUCGUUGCAAUUUGUGUAGUCAUACAACAACUAGUGAUGCACAGACGACCAGUUUGAUCCUACAUUUGGAUAUUCCACAAGAAAGAUCACAAACUCUGCAAACAUUAUUUUCAACUGAUCAAAAUGUAUGGUCUAGCAUAUCAGACUACAGAUGCAAUAAUUGUAAUAACAUUGGAGGUUGUGAAAGUAAACAUCAGAUAAUAUUAGCCCAUGAAUAUAUAAUAAUUCAAUUAAAAUUAUUUACUACAACCUUCAUAAACGAACAAUUUGUUUCCAACAAGAUAACCAAUUUAAAACUUAGCGGUGUACCGUCCAGUACUUUAGAAAUUGCUGGAGCGAGUUACAAACCUCAAGCCGCUAUAUUACAUAUUGGACAAAACACGAGCUCUGGCCAUUAUAUCGCAUAUCUGAAACAAGCACAUUCUAAUUGGGUUUCCGCCAAUGACACAACAAUUGCUGAAAAAAGGUGGCCGAAUAACAGCAAAGAUGUAUAUGUUAUCAUUCUACAAAGAAUAUAA